GCCACGGUGCGGUGGGCUGGUGCGCUCAGUGCGCAGUCAGUCAAUAGGCUACACAUGUUUUGCGCCUCUCAGAGGACAGCGUCAAACUAAACCGUGACCGUGCUGAAACUAAAUAAAAAAGGAUAUAAUGGCUUCUAUUCCACUGGUGCUGCUACUUUUAAUGUCUUCUUCGGCGCUUUACUGGGCAGUUUAUACCGGACCGUUAAAACCGGAAAUGUCCAACGGCACUUUUCAUCACUUCUUCGUACCGGACGGUGAUUAUGAGGAUAAUGAUGACCCCGAGCAAUGUCAAAUGCUUUUUAAAUUCGCAGACCGGCGUGCGUGUGGUGUCCAUCACGACGACGACAGCGAUUCGGUGGUACGUGACGACUUUAUCAUCGUGAAGCACCAAAUUGAAGACGCCGCAAGGUUGUUGGAAAGCAUCGGCAUGAGUAUUUCACACGACCUGGACGGAGAGGAUAGCUAUGAGAAGUUUCUCACUGGGGAGAUCACUCAGAUCUCUGAGGCUUUUACAAGCGUGGAGAAAUCUCUCCUGGAGUUGGAGGUGAAGUUCAAACAGAGUCAAGACAACGAUCUGAGAGGGGAGAGCCAGCUCAAUGACUACGUUCUGAAGCCUAUCUAUGAAGUUAAGGACUCACUGAGGGAGACAACGGACAUUUCAUUGGGACUCAGAGAUAAACAUGAACUGUUGUCUCUCAUUGUUCGCAGUCAAGGGUCAAGGUUGAGUCGCCUCAAGACAGAUUAUCUCAAUGUAUAGUAUAAAUGUUAAAAACAAUUGUAAUUUGUUAUUAUCUAUGGAUAAGAGCGUCUGCUAAAUGACUUAAAUGUAAAUGUAAAUGUAAAGGAAUGUAUGUGACUCAGAUUGUGUGUGUGUGUGUGUGUGUGUGUGUGUGUGUGUGUGUGUGUGUGUGUGUGUGUGUGUGUGUGUGUGUGUGUGUGUGUGUGUGUGUGUGUGUGUGUGUGUGUGUGUCAUAAGACUAUGACUCUUUAGCCCAAUAAACACCUGGAAAGUUCAUUGAGGUUGAAAUGAUUAUAUGAUUAAAUUACUCCUAGUCUCUUAUCUCUCUCUCUCUCUCUCUCUCUCUCUCUCUCUCUCUCUCUCUCUCUCUCUCUCUCUCUCUCUCUCUCUCUCUACUCCAACUCUCUCUCUCUCUCUCGCUCUCUCUCUCUCUCUCUCUCUCUCUCUCUCUCUCUCUCACACUCUCUCUCUCUCUCUCUCUCUCAAUUCAAUUCAAUUCAAGGGGCUUUAUUGGCAUGGGAAACAUGUGUUAACAUUGCCAAAGCAAGUGAGGUAGACAAUACACAAAAGUGAAACAAACAAAACAAAUUAACAGUAGACAUUACACAUACAGAAGUUUCAAAACAAUAAAGACAUUACAAGUGUCAUAUUAAAUAUAUACAGUGUUGUAACAAUGUACAAAUGGUUAAAGCACACAAGUUAAAAUAAGUGAGCAUAAAUAUGGGUUGUAUUUACAAUGGUGUUUGUUUUUCACUGGUUGCCCUUUUCUUGUGGCAACAGGUCACAAAUCUUGCUGCUGUGAUGGCACACUGUGGAAUUUCACCCAGUAGAUAUGGGAGUUUAUCAAAAUUGGAUUUGUUUUCAAAUUCUUUGUGGAUCUGUGUGAUCUGAGGGAAAUAUGUGUCUCUAAUAUGGUCAUACAUUGGGCAGGAGGUUAGGAAGUGCAGCUCGGUUUCCACCUCAUUUUGUGGGCAGUGUGCACAUAGCCUGUCUUCUCUUGAGAGCCAUGUCUGCCUACGGCGGACUUUCUCAAUAGCAAGGCUAUGCUCACUGAGUCUGUACAUAGUCAAAGCUUUCCUUAAGUUUGGGUCAGUCACAGUGGUCAGGUAUUCUGCCACUGUGUACUCUCUGUUUAGGGCCAAAUAGCAUUCUAGUUUGCUCUGUUUUUUUGUUAAUUCUUUCCAAUGUGUCAAGUAAUUAUCUUUUUGUUUUCUCUCUCUCUCUCUCUCUCUCUCUCUCUCUCUCUCUCUCUCUCUCUCUCUCUCUCUCUCUCUCUCUCUCUCUCUCUCUCUCUCUCUCUCUCUCUCUCUCUCUCUCUCUAUCCCUCUAUUUCUCUCUCUACUCCAACUUUCUCUCUAUCUCUCUCUCUCUCUCUAUCACUAUUUCUCUCUCUCUCCUCUCUCUCUUUCUCUCUCUCUCUCUCUCUGUCUCUCUCUCUCUCUAUCACUCUAUUUCUCUCUCUCUCUACUCCAACUCUCUCUCUCUUUCCCUCCCACUCUAUUUACUUUCCUAAUUGUCUGUGACCCGUGUCUUUCUUCCUGACUUGUAAUGGUGUUAUUUGGAAAUACUUCUAAGGAAAACAUCACUACAUUCCUCAGUAAGAGCGGACAGAUGGGGAAAAGAGAGGAGAGCACAGGGGAGAGAUGAAAAGUGAUCCUUAGCUAAAUUAUGCCUGGGCUAUGCUGUGCUAAGUGAUCCUAAAUUAUGCCUGGGCUAUGCUGUGCUAAGUGAUCCUAAAUUAUGUCUGGGCUAUGCUGUGCUUAGUGAUCCUAAAUUAUGCCUGGGCUAUGCUGUGCUUAGUGUUCCUAAAUGAUGAAUUGCUUGGCUGUCUGUGCCCCCCUGUCCGCCUCUGUCUAAUUGAGCUAUUCAGCCGUACUGUAUAAUGAGGUCUAUGUUUAUACCCUUCCUUAUGUUAUCCUGGAGUCUCACCAUUGAUUAUACUUCAAUCAUGAAACAGACAAUAUCAGUUUGAAUCCCAGGCUUUUAAAAAAAAGUAUAUGUUACUGCUCAUUUAUUAAUAAAAACCUAACCAUUAAUCUCA